AGCUCGAUAUCUUCUUCCUCCUUUCCUAUCGCUUUGUCAAACUUCACAUGUCGGCAGCCCAUCGUUUUCCUCAAAUCAUGUCAAGGCAAUGGCCCCUGCCCAGUGACGCUUGGGUGCGCUAGUAAAGCUCUCCGUUCUGCAUGUAGUACCUGUCCAAUACACUCCUUAGCUGCCAGCCGUCCAGUGAUCCAUUUCCGCCUUCGUGAUGCCAUUCCAUUGCCCGUGGGCCCUUUCAAGGCCCUCUUUUUCAAGGCUCGAGGCACUGGGAGGCUCACCGCCAGGCCCAUAUAAGAGAUCGUCUGGCAUCCACUGUGGGGGCCAACGGAUUUCUCAAGAAUCUCACGAUGAUGGAUUCAGUGCAAUUGCUGUCCCGCGAGAUGGGCACUGUUUCCACCCCAAUCCCUACUGCUGGUCUUGUGAUUUCCACCGUCUUGUCUAUGAUGACGAUGGCCAUUCUGGCUGUGUGCCUCACUCGGAGAAUACAAGCGACAAGGAACUGGUCCAAAGUUCCGUUAACAAGAUGGCUUACUCUCUUGAUCUACACCGACUCAAUCGUUUUCACUUUCGCCACAGCAAUUAUUGAGCAUGGACUGGGCCUCAAUUCGGGUAUGGAUGUGUGCGGAGCCUCCAUCCUGCUCUGUAUUGCAUUUUAUCUAUCUACGAAACUGUUUAUCUACUACUUCCUGGUCGAGAAAGUGUACAUCGUGAGAGCGGUUUCUACCCCGCGAUUCAAAUCCAAAUUAUGGUGCUUUAAUGUGUUUGGACUUCUCUUGCCGUAUUGCGUUGUCGUAGCCGUCAAUUUCGUCUUCCGUGUGGCGUACUUCAGAGAAGACGGCACCUGUAUUAUCGGCCUUCAAUCCAAAUCUGUGAUGCCACUCAUCAUCUUCGACGCGGUGCUGAAUUUCUAUCUCACCCUUCUCUUUGUCAUCCCUCUACGAAAACUCUACUCCUACAAGAACUCGCCUAAUUCGAUCCUCCGCACCAUCACACUCCGUUCUUUCGUUGGCUCUCUUGCAACACUUACCUCCUCGGUUGUCAACUUAACUGUGCUCAUGGUGCUUAAGGGAGAAGCAGCCUGGAUCUGCUUGAUGUGCUGCGUUGCGGACGUCCUGUUCUCGGUAUUGGUCCUACACUGGGUCACUAGCAAAGACAAGACAUCUACCGCUUCUUCCCACGACCAAUUCUCAGCGCAGAAUGCAAGUCACAUCCAGCAUAACAAGAACUCUGCUGGAUCCACAGGCCCCUACGUCGUUGACAAACUUGGAGUCUUCGGUGCAAAUAAAGUCACCAGAGAAGGAACUGUCACGACACACAUCUCAGCCCAAGAAUUGAAAAGCAUGGAGGCCGAGGAGAGAGAUAUGGAUUUGAAUGGAAGAGUUCAAAGAAGCAGCAUACCCUUGGGCAAGAUCAAAGUCCACGUAGGACGAGUCGUUCAGGUGGAGAGCAGACCUCGAGGUGAGUCGCCCACGGGGAAGAGUGAGCUUGGCGAGGAUAUCUCGGAGGUGAGGAGAAUCAGUCAAGGUGGAAGUGGAAGAAGCACGGAGGAGUUGGUGGAAGAGAGAAUUCCUCAGAGUUGGUUGAGCGGACGCACGUAGAGCGUUACUAUUCACUUCUUAAGAAUAGGCAGAGCUCU